AUGAGUAAAUUGAUUAAGUCAAUAAUGAUAGAAUAAGAUGUUGAUCUGUGUUGUUCAAGAAAUCACAAAUAACCAAUACAAAUGGUUGUCUUUGAUCCUAAUUUAACUAAAAAUGAGAGACUACUUUGUUAAAAUUGUUUAGAAGAUUUUGAAUCCAAUAUGAAAAUGGUUGGUUUAAACAAAGUUUUAUCAAGUAUUGAUUACAAACAGAUCAAAUAAAAUGAAUAUAAGGAAAAUUUAAUAUAAACAAACAUAGAAUAAGUUUAAAAUAUAUAGAGAAGUUUAAUUGAAAUAAAAUAAAACAUUCUUUAAACAAUAGAUUAAUUGAUUGGAAAUUCUGGAGAAUGGAUUAAAAUUCUUUAUGAGAUUGGAGAAUAAACAUAAACAUAUAGUUUUUUUGAAGAAUUAGAUCAUUUAAUAACAAAUUCUUAUAGAGAAGAAUAGAAUGAAGUUAUUCUUAAAGAGAUAAAAUAAAUAAAUCUAUCUUGGAUAACUAAAACAACUUAGAAAAUUUAAUGUUUGAAUUAAAAUUACAAAUAAUUAAUCAUAGAUCUAAAAUAAAAAAUAUAGAGUGUUGUAUAAAAUAAUUAAAAGAAGGAAUAGAUAAAAUAAUUAGUUAAUGAUCCUAUAAAUUUAAAAUUAGUGAAUAAUAAUUAAAAUUAAUUUGAUGAUUGUUUUGCAAUAUCAUUUAAUAAUGAUGGAUCAAUGAUGGUUUCAGGAUGUAGUAAAGAUAUUAAAAUUUGGGAGUUUUAAAAUGGUAAAAUAAGAGAAGUUUUAAAAUUGAAAGGACAUACAGAUGUAAUUAGAUGUCUUACUUUUGCUAAUUAAAAUAAUAGUAUAAUAUCUGGUUCUGGAGAUUGUUCAAUAAGAUGUUGGAAAUAACUUAAUUUUAAAUAAUGGAAAUCUUCUUAAGCAUAUACAGAUCAUACUGAUUAAAUUGAAUGCAUAUUAUUAAGUAAAGAUGAUACUUAAUUAAUAUCUUGUAGUUAAGAUAAAUCUAUUAAAAUUUGGACUUUUGAUAUUUAUAAUAAUGAACUAAAAUUUAAGUAAUCAUUAAUGGAAAGUAAAUGUUGUUUAAAUAGUAUAUCAUUAAAUUUUGCUGAAACUAUUUUAAUUUCAUGUGGAGAUGAUAAAUAAAUUAAUAUGUGGUAAAAGAAUCAGUCUAAAGAUUGGGAGUAUAAAAAUAUAAUUACAUAAUCUUAGAAUGAAUAUGGAACUAAAGUAUGUUUCUUAAGAAAUGAUUUAUUUAUUUGGGUUGGUGGUGAUAUUUAGAAUAAAAAUUAUAUUCGUGUUUUUGAAUUAAAGGAUUAAACAUUUAUAGAGAAUACUUAAAAAACAAUAGAAUUAGAGAAUGAUGAAGAAAUAUUUGACUUGAAUCUAUUUCCUAUUGUUUAUAAUUAGGAUUAAAAUAUUAUACUUAUUCGACAUAAAUUUUCUAUUUAUUUACUUAGAGAAUAAAAUGAUGGUACAUAUAAGAUAGAAUAAAAGAUAAAAUAAUUAAGUAAUUCGAUUUAAGGUUCAAUGACGAAAGAUGCCAAAUAUUUAACCUUUUGGGAUUCUAAUUAAAAAACAUAUUAAAUUUAUUAAAUAGAAACUAAAUGA